ACCACCAUACCGUAAUAAAAGUCAGGCCUAUAUGUAUGUUUGUAUCGAUGUGUAUCGAACAGAUCUGUGGGUAGUCUAUUGUAAAAAUCUUGUCAGAUCCUCCCCCAUCCCCGCCAACUACCUAGCAAGUCUCACAACUUGUGACCAAGUAUAACAUCUAUAUCUUUGAAAUGGUUUGUAGCGAUUGUACGGUCGUUCCCGCUGGUUAAAUUAUCUGAAAUAGACUAUAAUCAGGUCUGGGCGAAAACGAGGCAACAUGAGGUAAACAAAAACUGAGAGUUCCGCUCACGUGAUGUAACCAGCUGUCAGUCUUUGGAAAGUAUUAAGGCGAUUAUGGCUGCUAAGCAAGGCAAGGCAGAUGUACAGAGGGUGCUGGUGGAUUUGAAAACACUGCCCGAUAUCUCUGUUCUCAAAGACAACGUGCAGGCUAUCGUGGACAGGAGCUCAUGGUGGGAAGUGUACGGCGUGGACUGGGUGGUUGUCGGUGUGGCGUUGUUGUCAUUACCAUGUGCCCUGCUAUUGCUCGCUCAGUUUGCCGUACUCCCGUUCGUUCUCGGGAUGUUUAUAUACGGGUGCAUCCACGCUGUCCUGUCGACGAAAGCCGGUCAUUCAGCUGCCCACGGUGCCGUGGUCCGCUCGCCGAAGUGGAAUAAAUUCUGGUCGCACGUGUUUGUCGAGCUGAUUGGAUCGUUCUCGGCAAACCUUGGUUAUAGCAUCCACGUUAUCGGGCAUCAUACCCACACCAACAUAAUCGGGCUGGGGGACUCGUCCAUGUGGAAGGCACCAUUCCUUCCCCGCUAUGUCUACAUGUUCGUAGCCCCUCUUCUUGUGCCAGCUUUAACACCGUUAUUUGCCCUGUUCCAGUUUAGAGAGCUUGGUUUCAGGAAAGCCUUCGCUAGCCUUCUUGUGAUAACAGCUGGGCUUGCCAUAAACUUUUCUUUGCUGAUGCACGUGUCUGGGUUCACCCUAUUGGGAGCCGUGCUCGUGACGUUUAGCAGCAGGGCGUUUCUAGCCAUCCCUUACAUUCACGUUAACAUUUUCCAACAUAUUGGCUUGACCAUGUUUUCCCAGGACAGCAAGCCGAAAAGAAUAUAUCAGAUGUCAACAGGCGUUCUGAACCUGCCCCGUAACUUGGUUCUGGACUGGUGUUUUGGGCAUUCUAUUAUUAGCUGUCACGUGGAGCAUCACCUUUUCCCUAAGCUGUCUGAUAACAUGUGCCUUAAGGUGAAGCCAGUAGUCCGACAAUUUCUAUUGCAGCACGGCCUGCCUUACAACGAGAAGACCUACUGGGACCGACUUAAGCUAUUUAUUAACAAAUAUGAGGACUUGAUGGUGCACGCCCCACCCAUCACACAUUUUAUUGGCAUACAGUAAAACAGAAAAAAAGACCCUGGCUCAGACCUUUUUUUUUUUGGAUACCGGUGUCAGUUUUAUCUUUCACUUUUCUGUUGUGCCUUUGCGGAUAUACACUUACCUACACAGUAAUUACCUAAGGUGCUGCGUGAAAAAAGCCCUUUGCCUGACUUUUUUGUGCCAUUUUGGAUGUACAUAUGUACGUGUAAAACUAUUACCGAACACAGCGGUCCAUCAUGACGUUGUUACAGGUGGUGGUUGAAGGAAGGACUGAUGUGAUAAUACUGAAAACUGGCAGAUACAAUAUAUACCCUCUAAGCCCAUCACGUUACCUUUUUGAUCUAACCACGUUAUUGCGGCGUACAUGUAUGUAUCAAUUUAUAAAAAAUAAAGUUGUGGAAAUACGUUUGCAUUUCAUGAAACUUAUUGAUUGUAAAUCCUUCCACGGCCAAGUCUCGCGUGCAAAUAUUACGGAAUUUCCAGGAUUUAUGCAAGCACGUGUUUCAAUAUUUCUCCCUUUAUAAGUUAUGUGAUAAAAAUGUCACCAAUGCAACUUUAAUGACUACUUUAAUUUUAUAUAUCGUGUUACUCUGUAUCCAUAGAUAUUUCAUUGUAGAAUUGUUUAAAUUUUGCCUUUCUUUUCUACAUAUACACAUCAUUUGUCCUGAGUAGAUUAUAUAUGGAUAAUACGUGUAUACCUGUCGUCAGUAAACCACACUGAGCGCUUACCUUAUGUAAACAUAACUAUACAUCUAAAUAUAUACAAUGUUUUUUGUUUUAA